AUGGCUCCGUCGAUCAAAGAGCAGCGAGAGCAGCUGCAGCGGGCCAUCGCUGUGUGCUUGGAGCAAACUCGGCGGGUGCAGCAGGACAUCGCUGCUGCUGCUGCUGAGGACUUGGCAUCCCAGGAAGAGCUCGCGCAGCGACAGCUGGACAGAGCCAAGGAGGAGCCGGACAGUGCCGGACAGCGCCGGGGCGUCCUCGACUUCCAGGGGAGGAUUUGCCGCAUAGCAGCGCCCUCCAGCUGCGAGAGCCAGGCACUGGAGGAUGAGUUGCAUGGACUUCGCUGCCGCACUGAAGAGCUCGAGCGCCGCCUCUCCUUUGGCCUCUUUCGGCGCUGGAGGAGGCGCCUAGAUCAGGAGCUGUAUGCUGGUGGAUGCGUGGAGCGGACAAACGACGUGGGCAGGCUCAGCAAGGAUCAGGGCUUCGCGGCAGCGGAGGACCUGGCGCGGCGGAAGGGCCUGGCGCGGCAGCUGAAAGGGCAGCGGGAGCAGCUGGCGCUGAAACUCACCGAGGCGCAGCGAGGGCUUUUGCGGUUGAGGAGUGAGGCUCGUGCGAUGCAGCAGGAGACAAACGACUUGUGCUGCCAGCUUGCAGAAGAGAGAAGGAAGACGAACGAGUGGUGGGAUUGGCACAUGACGAGACUGCCACAGUACCAUGACGAUCUGCAGAAGCUCCGACAAGUGGAGGCCUGCGACUGCCGCAUGGCCAUCUUGAAGUGUGAAAAGAAAGCAUAG